CUUUCUUUUCCAGACUCGCUGUGGAAACUCCGCUGCGUCUCCAUAGAAACCCGGCGGCGGCGGUGGCGGCCGUCACCGGGGGCGGGGCUCAGGCGGAGGCCCCUCCCCCUCCCCGGUUUGCAACCCCUCCCAGCCAGGAGCAAUCGCGGUCACCCUUAACCUCUGCGUUCCUCUUCUCGGCUGUCCUCCCUUUCUGUUGUCUUUUCGUGCCCCAAACCACAUCCUGGAGGCCGCCCUCCUGCACGGUCCUCAGCGGGGUCGGUGCACCCGGCGUCCGGGCCCGGGAGCCUUAGCGCUCGGCCUCUCUGUCCCGGGCCCACCCCUCGGCCGCGCUGAUUGGCCGCUCCUGGGCCACCCUCCGUCCCCGGGCAGGCAGGGUCUCAGCCUGCGGAAAGUUUUCUGCGCCGGGAGGAAGUUAGACUUUUGGAGAUUGUGAGAAAGCAGCUCUCGUGGCUGCUGGGUUCUGGGAGGCCAUGGAGGAGCCCCCUUUGCGAGAGGAGGAAGAGGAGGAGGGGGAAGAAGAGGAGGAAGAAGGAGACGAGGCUGGGCCCGAGGGGGCUUUGGGCAAGAGCCCCUUCCAGUUGACCGCCGAGGACGUGUAUGAUAUCUCCUAUGUGAUGGGCCGCGAGCUGAUGGCCCUGGGCAGCGACCCCCGGGUGACACAGCUGCAGUUCAAGAUCGUCCGCGUCCUGGAGAUGCUGGAGACGCUGGUGAAUGAGGGCAACCUGACCGUGGAGGAGCUGAGAAUGGAGAGGGACAGCCUCAAGAAGGAGGUGGAGGGGCUGCGGACAGAGGGCUCGGCGGCCGGCAGGGAGGUAAACCUGGGACCAGACAAAAUGGUGGUUGACCUGACAGAUCCCAACCGGCCACGCUUCACUCUACAGGAGCUAAGGGAUGUGCUCCAGGAGCGCAACAAACUCAAGUCCCAGCUGCUGCUGGUGCAGGAAGAGCUGCAGUGCUAUAAGAGUGGUCUGAUUCCACCAAGAGAAGGCUCAGGAGGACGAAGAGAAAAAGAUACCCUUGUCACCAGGCCCAGCAAUGCCAGAAGUAACAAGGAGGAGAAGACCAUCAUAAGGAAGUUGUUCUUUUUCCGAUCAGGGAAGUAGACACAGCUCUAAGGCCACGACUAAGGCAGAGGGUCUCGGACUCAACAAGGCAACGCGCCAAGACUCCCAGACACAUCUCUCGGUGCCACGUAUAUGCACCGUCAUCGCCCAUUUGUUUCCCCUGAAAGCCACCAAGGAGGAAGGAGGGGAGGCACUCUCAUGAUCACUGUCUGCCAGGCCGCAGAACUGGACACCCCUGGGCGCUUGGCCUGGGCAAGACAGGAGAAGGAAAGCAAAACAAGACCCAAUUCCUGCUCCAUUCAGCCUCGCUGUGGGGGGGCCUCCAGUGUGUGCAUGCGCCUUCCACUUGUCUGGUCCCGCAGGUGACCCUCGUCUCUACCGUGUGGUAGCAGUAAAAAUGCAUGAGCCCACAGGGAGAGGGGAGGAGAGAACGCAGGAAAAAAUGGUAAUGACAUUCCAGUAAUUUCAUGGAUAUGUAGUGAAUAUUCGAUUUUGCUUCAUGUGACUUUACAUGAUUUUACAUGAUUUUGUAUCAAAGUAAAAUGACUUUUAUACUUUC